AUGGCUAGCUCUUUGACACUCCCAGACUCCAGAACGCUGGCCUACGCUUUGGACUCCUCACCAAAAGAAGGACCCCUCAUCAUACUGUCAAACUCCCUCACUGCACCUCUAUCAGUAUGGGAUCACGUCGUCAAGGUCCUCAACAGGAAUGGUUAUCGCACUCUACGUUACGAUCAGCCCGGCCAUGGGGGAUCAUCCGCACCAAAAGACCUAAGCCCUACGUUUGACUCUAUGGCCCAAGACGUCCAUCAUCUCCUCAAGAAGCUCGAGAUCAACAAGUUCACCACCAAGUAUCCCAACGUCGUAAGCAAACUCGCCAUCUGCGACACCAUCUCUUCAUCGCCCAUCAACGCCGGCACGGAAGAUGCCUUUGGUCCUCGUGUCGCAGCAGCCCGAGAAGCAGGUAAUCUCGACUCAACUAUCCAAGGCACUCUAGAGCGAUGGUUUGGUAAAGAGUGGCUUGAGAACAACCCUCAGGAAACACAGCGUAUGCGAACUGUCAUGUCUGGAACUACGGUCGAUGGUUUCGAAGCAUGCUGCAACGCAUUGAGAAGCGAGACUUUUGAUCUUCGACCGAGGUUUGCUAAGAUUGGAUCGAGUGUUGAUGAUGCGAUUUGUAUCGUUGGCGAGAAGGAUGCGAAUCUACCGGAGACUAUGAAAGAGAUGAGAGAUAAGAUCCAGGAGGGAUUUGAAGUAGCGGGUAAGAGCAACAAGAUCGAUUUGGUGAUUAUCAAGAAUGCUGGUCAUGUUUCGUUUGUGGAUGGUUUUGAGCAGUUCACCGCUGAGGUGCUGAAGUGGUUGAAAGCUUGA